AUGACAGAAUUUUAAUUUUGCAGGUGAACGUAUUUUGUGAUUGUCAGUGCAUUUCUCUUGAUGUCUGUCAGUCAUGUUUUGUUAGUAGUGUGUGACAGUAACUCUUGUGUUUCUCUUCUCAUCUCCACAGCUGUUGUGUGUGUUUUCUUGUGUUUGAUGAUGCAGCCCGUGCACAUGCUGGAGGUUCCAGGAAUCAGACCGAGGCUGCUGGAGGCGUUCAGUCUGGGCAGACGGCAGCAGUACCGCCUCCCCCACCCGCAGCACGAGCAGAGGGAGGAGCCGAGCUCACACGUCCCCUGGGGCCGCUCCCCCUCCCGUCCCGGCCCGUUCCGCAGAGCGGAGGAGAAUGAGUGGGAGGGAUGCAGUGAGGCUGACAGCGACCUGCUCUCUCUCUCUUUCGUCACAGCUUGUUCAUCCAUACCCUGCCUCUCCUCGUCAUCUGACGGCAACGCGUCGUCGGGGGCGACGGGGCGCUCGCGCAAACGUGCACGCAAGCUCGGGAGCGGCCAUGGCGUGAACGAGCUCCUCAUCAUGGGAAAUCAAGACGGAAAGCUUAAGCGCACCGCCGGGGGGGAUGCGGGAGGCGCGGCCGAGGACUGCGGAGCUCUCCGAGAGAAUAAUGGCACAAAGAAACACCACGGGAAGAAAUCCCACGGCAAACACGGAGAGGGAGGCAAAAAGAAAAACAAAGACUCCAAAUCUGUGUUUCCUCACAUACGGAAGCGUAAGAAUCAGGGGAAGGCCAAGGGCUUUCUCGGUGGAUCUAAAGAGGACGCGUUAGACUCCCAGCACGAUGAACUCGACAGCGCUCCGUCUCUAUGCAACAAAACGCCGGAUCUGUCCGGAGAUGAGCUGGGCCAGUCGGACGCGGACGGCGAGAGGCCUUGUCUGGUGGCCGACAGCAGGCAGACCACGCUGGACGGCCCGGAGGAAGAGGAGAAGAAGGUGGCGAGCUCCGGCUCGGACAUGGACAUGUACAGUUUCCACUCCGCCACCGAGCAGGAGGAUUUACUGGCCGACAUUCAGCAGGCCAUCCGGCUCAAGCAAGGUGUGAUUCUGACCAGCGCCGUCGACCUGCCGUGGGAGAAGGAUUGUAAACAAGCCGUCUGCGGUGAUGUCAAAAGCACUCCCACCCCCGACUCGGAGCCCUUCACCGUGCUGGAGGUGGUCUCUAAACAGCAGAACAGCCCGCACCCCCCUCAUCACCCCGCGGAAGACCUGAACGCCGCUCUCUCCUCCGAAGAGGCCCUUUGUGCCUCAAUCGCCGUGACAAAAGAGCCGGAGGCUGCGAGCGAGCCCCCCGCCCCUCCGUCUGUGGCCACGAGCCCUGUUACCAAGACGACCAGCGCCACCAGUUUCCCAGACCUCACGGCUUCAUUUGAAAGUGCGGUGGAGGCUGUGGAAGAGCAAGAUGAUGGCAAACACCCGGACGACUCGCCCAGAGAUGCUCCAAGCACCGAAACGGUAUCCUCCGGUGAUGCUCUGGAGUCGGGGGGCUCUCUGGAGUGUCUCAGCGCUGUGGAGCUCACCACAGAACCCACCGACGACGGCAUUCCCAUCACCCAGAGACGCAAGAGCAGCGUGACGUUCUCGCAGUGGACGCAGCCGGAGAGUCCGCUGGCCACACGUCUGCUGAAGUCCUGCGCCGGCAAUUCUGUCAAACCGUACCCCGCCAUCAGCACGUCCUACAUCAAAACCACCACCCGUCAGCUCAGCUCGCCCUCCUGCUCACCCGCGCACUCUCCAUCUCACAGCCCGCUCUUCGCACGGAGAGGCCGCGACUCCUCGGCGACGGUUGCCAGGGUGGAGAGGAGACGGGUGAAGCGUCAGCGCUCGUACAGCAUCACCGGACCCAUCAGCCGAUCGGCAGACUGGACGGAAGAGCUUCGAACCCUCACUCCUAAAACGGCGGGGUCGGCUGAUUACCUGGAGUACGGCGGCUCGGAGGGGACGCUCGGGACGGGUGGCGCCACAGCGGCUCAGGCCUCCACCUGCAGCUUUCAGGAGGUGUUUACAGGCCGGACGCUGUUGCAGAGGUUUUUCCAGCAGCAGGAUUCCAGUGAACCCGAGGAGGCUGAGAUGAUCUGCUCCAGGAUACUGGCCAUGGGUUUAUUGCUUCCGUUCAGUGAUUGUUUCAGAGAGCCGUACAGCAGCAGCAGCGGACACCUCGCACCAAAGUUUGAUGUGAGUUUCAUCUCUGCAUCAGUUUGUUUCACUGUGAUGUCAUCACUCACAUGCUCAACAGUAAUUUUACAGCGCAAAACUCCAUUGUUUUCUUUGCUUUCUGCAUUGACAGUAGAGGAAGAAGAGGAGCAUCAGGCCGUCAUCUUAGACUUAACGAAACUAAAGGAUGAAGAAAUCCGGCAAAUUCAGGAGGAGUCGGUGCUGAAGACGGUGCAUCUGAAGCAGGAGCACGUGUGUGUGAUCGAGCAGUUGGAGCAGACGAUUGAAGAUCUGCGCUGUAAAAUCGCUGAGCUGGAGAGCCAGCAGCCGCCGGAGCGGGAGGUCAUCACACAGGAUCAGGAGUGCGGCGGUGAGGAAGGGCUCCUUCCAGACGUCUGCCAUGUGGAUCUACAGACGGAAAACUUGGCGCUCCUGGUGCUGGAGGUGAAAUCGGUGCAGACGUCUCCUGUGGAGGAGAGCUUCGGGUUUAAAGUGCCUUCUGAGGAGCCCGGCCAGAGUCAAGCGGACUCACUAGAGUCACAAUCAGCUCAAAUGUUUGUGUGUGUAUGCCAGCAGCAACAGGGCACUUUACUGCCAUCUCCUCCACCACCUCCUCCUCCCCCAGCAAUGACUGCUCCUCCUCCACCACCACCUCCUCCUCUCCCAGCAAUGACUCCUCCUCCCCCACCUCUUCCAGGAACGAGUGCACCUCCUCCACUCCCAGGCACUUCAUAUGCGCCUCCUCCACCUCCUCUCCCAACAGGGACUGUUCCACCUCCUCCACCUCCUCCACUCCCAGGCACUUCAUUUCCGCCUCCUCUACCUCCUCUCCCAACAGGGACUGUUCCACCUCCUCCACCUCUUCCAGGAAUGAGUGCACCUCCUCCACCUCCUCCACUCCCAGGCACUUCAUUACCUCCUCCUCCACCUCCUCUUCCCGGUCUGUCCGCACCUACCUCUCUCUCUGCUGCUGGACCAGCACCUCCUCCCCCUCCUCCUCCUCCUCCUCCUCCUGGUCUGCCGUCUCUGGCCCCGGGAGCUUGUGGUCAGUUUGGUUUGGGAUCUUUGCCUCCUCCUCUGCCACUGGGGCUGUUUGCACUGGGAGCAGCGCAGGAGAAACCGCCUCGCAAAAGUGUCGUAGAACCUCCGAGACCCAUGAAACCGCUCUACUGGACCCGCAUACAGCUGCACACCAAAAAGGAAUUGAGUUCUCUUAUUUGGGAGAAGGUCGAUGAGCCGUCUGUGGACUUUGAGGAAUUUGUCAAUCUGUUCUCCAAAACAGCAGUUAAAGAAAAGAAGAAACCUCUGUCAGACACCAUCAGCAGGUCAAAGACCAAACAGGUGGUGAAGCUGCUCAACACCAAGCGUUCUCAGGCUGUGGGGAUUCUCAUGUCCAGUUUACAUCUCGACAUGAAAGACAUUCAGCACGCGGUCCUGAAUCUGGACAACACAGUGGUGGAUCUGGAGACGUUACAGGCGCUCUAUGAGAACAGGGCUCAACAGGACGAAAUGGAUAAAAUCAGCAAACACAUCAAAUCAUCAAAAGAUAAAGAGGGAAACAAACCUCUGGACAAACCCGAACAGUUUCUCCAUCAGCUCUCACAGAUCCCGGAUUUCUCCAGUCGAGUCUUCUGUAUUCUCUUUCAGUCCACGUUCACUGAAUGCAUCUCGUCUGUCCAGCGCAAACUUCUGAUUCUUCAGAGAAUCUGCAAGGUACCUGAACACACCUGUCGCACACACACCUGUCGCACACACACCUGUCUCACACACACACACACCUGUCACACACACGUGUGUGUGUGUGUGUUCCAGGACGCCGGCAGGGAGACGUGCGUGUUUCCUCUGCCAGAACCUCAUGACCUGUUCCAGGCGUCUCAGAUGAAGUUUGAGGAUUUCACCAAAGAUCUCCUGAAGCUCCGGAAAGAUCUGAGAGCAUGCACUGCAGAGGUUCAGAAGGUUUGUUCCAGCACUACAGAUGAACACCUGCAGCCCUUCAAAGAGAAAAUGGAGAGUUUUCAGUCUGAUGCAAAAACCGAGCUGGAGACCGAAGAGACACGACUGAGCGACACACACAAAGUGUUUCUGGAGUUGUGUUUCUUCUUCUCCGUGAAGGCCAAGGGCGGCGAGAAAGAGGUUUCACCCAACACCUUCUUCUCCGUGUGGCACGAAUUCUCCACCGAUUUCAAAGACGCUUGGAAGAAAGAGAACAAGGUCAUUCUGCAGGAGAGGUUGAAAGCGGCAGAAGAAAGCUUCAGACAGGUGAAGGAGAAAGCCACAUACAGCAUCAAACCUAAACACGCCUCUGGAAUCAAAGCGAAGUUGGGAAUGAAGAUAUAAGCGCUCCAGCCCUCGCUGGCAUUUUACAUCUUACACACGCCGUACUUCAGUUUCACUUCUGCCAUCUGAGAUAUGGACACAGGAAGUGAUCUUUGCCCUCCGAGUGUGAUGUCAUAUCCCGUGUGAUGAAGCACGAUGACCCACAACAAUCAUUUAAGUUCACUGGAGAUCUUGAAGCAAUAUCAUGAAAAAAAGUGUCCGUUUUAUUUUUUAAUACACGAGAAAGAAAUGAAGAACAGAAGAAGAGAAACGGCGUGUCUGGAUUUCUGCAGUAAAAAUAUUAAAUUAUGAAGUCAUCUGGCGGCUUCAAAAUGACUUUUUAAACAUCAACACAUGGUUUUCUCUCCACCUGCAUUCUUCAACAUCUCGAAAGCACACUACAGGACCUAAAAGAGACACUUCAGAAUGUACACCGAUACAGUACAAACAGCUAGUCUCUCUCUCUCCUCGUGAGCGCUGCGGCGUCUGUCACUCGUCAACUUCAGUGUUAUGUUUUUUCUCUUGUUUUGCUGCAUUAACAGUUUCUCACAAUGUAUUUAAAAAUGUUUUUUUAAUGAAUGUAAAUGAUGAAAUUAACAUCUUCAUGUUGUUUGUUUGUUUGUUUUGUUUUUAGCAUGUUUGUGUUGGACGGAUUGUCUGCUAUCCAUGUGCAAUAACUGUUUGUCUCUCUGAUGGUUUUGAGAACGGUGUAUUUUGUCAAAUAAAGGGAUUAAAAAAUUCAGAU